GACCUGGGUUCUUCAAAGCCUCACCUCACAUCCAGAGCUGCGGCAAAUGUCCACCUCACAGUUAUACCCAUGAGGAAGCUUCAACCUCUUGUGUCUGUGAAAAGGAUUAUUUCAGGAGAGAGUCUGAUCCACCCACAAUGGCAUGCACAAGACCCCCCUCCGCUCCUCGGAAUGCCAUCUCAAAUGUUAAUGAAACUAGUGUCUUUCUGGAAUGGAUUCCGCCUGCUGACACUGGUGGAAGGAAAGACGUGUCAUAUUAUAUUGCAUGCAAGAAGUGCAACUCCCAUGCAGGUGUGUGUGAGGAGUGUGGCGGUCAUGUCAGGUACCUUCCCCGGCAAAGCGGCCUGAAAAACACCUCUGUCAUGAUGGUGGAUCUACUCGCUCACACAAACUAUACCUUUGAGAUUGAGGCAGUGAAUGGAGUGUCCGACUUGAGCCCAGGAGCCCGGCAGUAUGUGUCUGUAAAUGUAACCACAAAUCAAGCAGCUCCAUCUCCAGUCACCAAUGUGAAAAAAGGGAAAAUUGCAAAAAACAGCAUCUCUUUGUCUUGGCAAGAGCCAGAUCGCCCCAAUGGAAUCAUCCUAGAGUAUGAAAUCAAGUAUUUUGAAAAGGACCAGGAGACCAGCUACACGAUUAUCAAAUCUAAAGAGACAACUAUUACUGCAGAAGGCUUGAAACCAGCUUCAGUUUAUGUCUUCCAAAUUCGAGCACGUACAGCAGCAGGCUAUGGUGUCUUCAGUCGAAGAUUUGAGUUUGAAACCACCCCAGUGUCAGUUGCAGCAUCCAGCGAUCAAAGCCAGAUUCCUAUAAUUGCUGUGUCUGUGACAGUGGGAGUCAUUUUGUUGGCAGUGGUUAUCGGCUUCCUCCUCAGUGGAAGUUGCUGCGAAUGUGGCUGUGGGAGGGCUUCUUCCCUGUGCGCUGUUGCCCAUCCAAGCCUAAUAUGGCGGUGUGGCUACAGCAAAGCAAAACAAGAUCCAGAAGAGGAAAAGAUGCAUUUUCAUAAUGGGCACAUUAAACUGCCAGGAGUAAGAACUUAUAUUGAUCCACAUACCUAUGAGGAUCCCAAUCAAGCUGUCCACGAAUUUGCCAAGGAGAUAGAAGCAUCAUGUAUCACCAUUGAGAGAGUUAUUGGAGCAGGUGAAUUUGGUGAAGUUUGUAGUGGACGUUUGAAACUACCAGGAAAAAGAGAAUUACCUGUGGCUAUCAAAACCCUUAAAGUAGGCUAUACUGAAAAGCAACGCAGAGAUUUCCUAGGUGAAGCAAGUAUCAUGGGACAGUUUGAUCAUCCUAACAUCAUCCAUUUAGAAGGUGUGGUGACCAAAAGUAAACCAGUGAUGAUAGUGACAGAGUAUAUGGAGAAUGGCUCUUUAGAUACAUUUUUAAAGAAAAACGAUGGGCAGUUCACUGUGAUUCAACUUGUUGGCAUGCUGAGAGGUAUCUCUUCAGGAAUGAAGUACCUUUCUGACAUGGGCUAUGUGCAUAGAGACCUUGCUGCUAGAAACAUCUUAAUCAACAGUAACCUUGUGUGCAAAGUGUCUGACUUUGGACUUUCCCGGGUACUGGAAGAUGAUCCCGAGGCAGCCUACACCACAAGGGGAGGAAAAAUUCCAAUCAGAUGGACUGCCCCAGAAGCAAUAGCUUUCCGAAAGUUUACUUCUGCCAGUGAUGUCUGGAGUUAUGGAAUAGUAAUGUGGGAAGUUGUGUCUUAUGGAGAGAGACCCUACUGGGAGAUGACCAAUCAAGAUGUGAUUAAAGCAGUAGAGGAAGGCUAUCGUCUGCCAAGCCCCAUGGAUUGCCCUGCUGCUCUCUAUCAGUUAAUGCUGGAUUGCUGGCAGAAAGACCGAAAUAGCAGGCCCAAGUUUGAUGAAAUAGUCAACAUGUUGGACAAGCUGAUACGUAACCCAAGUAGUCUGAAGACGCUGGUUAAUGCAUCAUGCAGAGUAUCUAAUUUAUUGGCAGAACACAGCCCACUAGGAUCUGGGGCCUACAGAUCAGUAGGUGAAUGGCUAGAGGCAAUCAAGAUGGGCCGGUAUACAGAGAUUUUCAUGGAAAAUGGAUACAGUUCAAUGGACGCUGUGGCUCAGGUGACCUUGGAGGAUUUGAGACGGCUUGGAGUGACUCUUGUCGGUCACCAGAAGAAGAUCAUGAACAGCCUUCAAGAAAUGAAGGUGCCGCUGGUAAACGGAAUGGUGCCAUUGUAACUUCAUGUAAAUGUCGCUUCUUCAAGUGAAUGAUUCUGCACUUUGUAAACAGCCCUGAGAUUUAUUUUAACAAAAACAGGGGGAAAAGGGAACACAGUGAUUUCUAAACCUUAGAAAACAUUUGCCUCAGCCACAGAAUUUGUAAUCAUGGUUUUACUGAAGUAUCCAGUUCUUAGUCCUUAGUCUUCAUUUUUCAUGAAGCAAACAUAUCUUGCAUUAAAAGGGACAUGAGGUUAAACGUCAUCUUAAGUUACAACAACAGAAUCCUUCCACUACUUCUACAAAAUUUUGUACAUGAAAUAUAUAAUUAUACAGCACUUUUUUAGACUGAAUUAAGGCAACCCCUUUCAAAACUUCCAGGGAUCUACUUGAAAGGAAAUGUUUUAUAGCCAUGUGUGAGCUAACAAAAGCUACAGUUUACUGAAGUUUACUUCAGGUCUUAAUUGUCUACAAAAGUGUAUUGAAGAGCAAUAUGAUUAGAUUAUUUCUUAAUAGGUAUCUUCUUUUGUAAUUUUAAAAUGCUGUUACACAGCGUUAAGUUAUAGAAACUAGUGUAUAAACAUGUUGCUUGAUCAAGAAAAAGUACAGUACAGGGUGUAUGUAUAUUUAUUUUUUGUGUUAUAAAAUUUACUUUUAGUUGCUCUUCUAGAGAUUAUUAGGUAAUAAAUGUGUAUAUACUGUAUAAUUUGCAAUAUACCCAGGAACGGAUUUAAGAUGGAAUUGUGUGUGUGUUUGCUUGCACAUGUGUGUGUUACCAUUCUGCUUGCAUUUCUAAUAGUGUUUCAAUUUUAGCAACAUAUAGAAGCAAGUGUUCCAGAAUGUAAUAUGAACAGGAGAAAUAGGGAAGCAGUGAAAUGAAGUUUAACACAAGCUUGUGUCUCUUUUCCUCUCAUGUGUCCAAAAGCUAAUCUCUUUAUUCACUAAAAGGAAAUGUGUAUGAGACUAAAUCCCCUUUGGCUUUUUAAAAACACUUUGUGAUAUCAGUGACAAUGCAGUUCUUCUACAUUAAUCUUGUAGCCCUGUAAGAAAUUUCACCUUUCUGAGUCCUAGAAAGUAUCUUGUCAAACAAAGUUGACACCGAAGGGCACAUUUUCAACAGGGCGUAGAAGGAUUUAACUGUGCAGGCUUCUGUUAAUGUUGUUAAAUCCAGGCACAUAACAGGAAGCAUCACCCUUAAGUGUUAAUCCUUUGUAACCAUUCCCAUUUUGACUCAGUUCUAGAAAUUUUGACUCUAAGGCAGCAAUAGAAUUAUGACAAAUAUAUACAUAAAUAAGUACACAUACACAAAUAUAUAUAUAUAUAUAUAUGCUUCUUUCCCUUCAGAAUUUUAUUUCAAUAAUAAGUUUUAUUUGUAAUGGAUGUUUAUUCAUUUGUUAAUUUCAUUUUAUAUUCAGUUACAUGGCUUUGAGUUUAUUUUAUUGAACCAAUCCAAGGUAAUAUGUAAUUAGACUUAUUAAGGAAUAUAACAUAUCUUCUAUGUAUGCUCUAUAUACCACACGUGAUGAAGACUUAUAUUUGUGAUACAAAUUAUGCAGUGUGUUAGAAAUUGUACAAAACUGAGCUCCUGAGAAAACCAACAUUUUUGUAUUAUUACACUUUAUAAAAAUUAUGGAAUGUCAUGUGAUUAUUCAAAAAGCAGAGCAUUUAAAUAAAAUACAGCCUACUCAUGAUUAUCAGUGUUAAUAGUACAGUAGAUCAGAGAAGCCUGGAUUAAUGAAAUUUAUCAGAAAUAUAGCCACAUUAUAUUAAUGGUAUUCUUUUUUCCAAGCACUUGUCAAGCACUUGUUUUACUUGAAUGUUAGCACAUAUAAGAAUAAACUUUUGGGAAAUAACUACUUCCUAUUCUGCCCACCCUUUACUUAAGCAGUAAAUACCUCUUUUCUAAAGAACCAGGAAACAUCAAAACAACCACAACAAAAGUCUAAACAAUUUUCAAAUGAUACAUUCAGUUCUCAUAAUAAUAAGGGCUAUAUACCAUGGGUCCACACAAACUGUGCUGCAAACAUAUAAUCUAUUAGUUUAGUGAAAUUUCCAGAGAUGUGAAUUUAAUAUUUUCUUGAUAAAAUCAUAAAAAGCAUCACCAUUAUUAAAGAUGCGUUUGUUCAUUUCAAUAAACAGAAAUUAAUGCAACAAAUUACUUUUGUAUGAAAUAAAUGGAGAUUGUGUUGCACUUUAUUGAAUUUUAUAGAAAUAUUCAAAUCUAAGUGAUAAAGUAACAAUUGAGAAGCAUCGAAAUGAAAGCCUUAUUGAUUCAAAAGGAAAAUUACCAGAUGCUUUAAGGCUGAUGAACUUGCCACAAUUGCUUAGACAUAACAAAGAUAUUUUCUACAUUGUUUUCCAACUUUAUACGCUGAAAGAUAAUUAGGAGGUCAGGGUGGAGUACAUCUAAAUGACUAGAACUUUAAGUUGCAAUAUAGAUUUUCUCUUUUUAACAAAGGAAGAAUAUAAAUUAAUUUUGAUCAAAUUUAUUUGCCUUCUUUGCAAUCUUGGUGAUCAUUUUGGAAAGUAAAUUGAAAGGAAAGUUAAAUAGCCACAUAGUUUUCUUUUGCAUCUCAAUUUGGUUGAGAAUUUCUAAGGAAGGUUAAUAUGACUUUAGAAUGAAUAAAGAGACUAUCAAACAAGUACUCUCCCUAAAAAAGAGGAAAGACUGCCUUUCUAAAAUAUUUGUUUCCUAUUGUAUAUGUCACCAAUUGGAAAAUGCCAGUCUCAUCUGCAAGUGUGAGAAAUGGACCAAGGAGAGGAGGCAACUCUAGUAAAAUGUAGUGAGGCCAUAAACCAUGCAAAGUUUAACAAACUUUGAUUGUGUAAUUUCUUAUUCUGUUGAUUCAUUUUGUCACCCACCAGACUACCAAAAGUAAAGCACAGACAUGACAAUUUUAGUAUAUACAAUAGAUUUGGCAAAUAAUACAUAAUGUUAUUGUAAUUGCCAGUAGCAAUAUCUUAAGAGGCAUGACUUUCACAGUAUUGGACUUAGAAAAAUUGGUACAGGGAGUAAUUUUCAACAGACUGAUACUUGAAGUCACUCAAUUACUACUUUGACCGAUCAUAAUUUGUUUCUAAUCUUGUCAUUGGCUCACAUAUACUAUUAAUAUAAUCAGUUGCUCUUUUCAUAAUGUAUUAUUUCUAUGUAAAAAUGUAAAGAUUUUGAUUUUCCCAUGUUUUAAAAUUGUAAUGUGCAUGAUCUUUUAUUUCUUGUAUUUUAAUUACCAAGUCAGUAUUCUAAGGUUGUAAGAUUACUGUAAAAAUUAUAUUCCAAUAUUUUAUCUAAACUUUAGUGUGGCCAGCAUUAUUGGUUUCAGAGUUGCCUAAACAAUACAGAAUAUCCUUAAUUCAGUUUGUAAAAGAGUUUUGACCAGUGUAAAAAAGUGAAGACAGUUUCAUGUUUCAAGUUUAAAAUGGAAAAUUAAUAUCAUUUGAGCACUUACGUGUUUGCAUGUCUGCUACUUAAUCUCUAUGUGAAAGUAAAAUAUUUUUUGACACCAUUAUUUAUGCCAUGUAAAGUGGAUUAUCAGAAGCACAAGCACAGAUAUUUACCUUCAGAAGACAUUUUUGGCUAUAAAAGUGCAUUGGAUGACAAACACUAUUUGAGUCAGGUGUUAGAAAUUUAUUAGAUGUAUUAUAUUACAUAGUAGAAUAAGGUCCCUUUCUCAUUUUGUUCUUCCUAAAAAUAAGAAAAAAAAAAAGAAAGAUAAGUGUGAUAGUAAACUGUCUUUGCUAACGUACUACCAGAUGUUUAACUUCAAAGUAAGCAAAAAGUAGGUACAAUAUGAUGAUGGUCCUGAUGAUGAUGAUGAUGAUGAUGAUGAAGAAUAAAUGGAAUCAAAAUGCUAGCUUUAUUUGAAUAAAAGUAGAAUAAGUCAUCAUUUUUUCAACUCUGUAGCACAGCUGGUUACAUUGAAUAAUUUUCUCUAUUAUGCUGUUAAUUAUAUAGUAAUGUAUCAAAAGAGAAAUAGGAACUUUCUUUUCAUUUCUUAUUCAUUUAUGAAGAAAUCUUUUCACACAUAAAUGAUUGAAUGUUCUGGUUCAGAAUGACCACGUAAUCAUUGCUUAGAAGAAGACACCAAUUCUUUUAAAAGAAAAAAAGUCUUUUUAUAAUAAUCAGAAUCAAAUGUUGUUUGUUUCUUCUAAACGUUAAUGGAGAAAAUUGAAGGUGGUAAAAUGUCAUGUUUAUUCAGGCCGGGAACUGUAUUAACAGUAGAAGUUUCAGUGGUCAGCAUAUCUAUGACUGUUUAGGCUGCUGUAGUUUUACAGUCAAUUAUUUAAAAGUGUGUAAUUGUGUAAUUACAUUAAUAAGAGCCUGAGAAUACUUAGACUCAGUCAUUUGUUAGUAUUUUUACCAAAAUCUCUUCGUUUCAGUCAUGUCAGAAGCAGCUAUAUAGCAUAUCUUAUUCUAUGAUAUACACCAGGCUGUCUCAAGUUCCUGCCUCACAGUUAAUUCAAAGAAGGAUUAGGAUUUCUGUAUUUUUUCUCAUUUGAAUCUUUAUGUGCAUUUGGUUUGUGUACAUGUUUUUUGUAGUGUAAGAUAUGAAAUUUUAUAUUUUUUCAGAAAAUAAAAACCCUUUGAAUACAGUUA